AUGGGAGACGGUGGAAGCCCUCGCGACAGUGAAUGUUGGCGAGGCGGAGUCACAUUCUCCGAUGCCCCGUAUGUUGCAGCAGUCGAGCACCGCAACUACAUCAUGGUGGACAUCACCGGCUCCUCCGAGGACGAAUCCAUCAUUGAUCUCAUGUUCACCGACAGUGUGAAGGUUCUGGACUCUGACAAGAAAGACUGCGGCCACGCCGAUCCUUCGAGUCCACCGCCGGCGGCCACGACAGCUCCAAGGCCCCACAGGAUCAACAUCCUGAGCCUUCGGCUCCGCCUGGCGGGGCGAGUCCAUAGGAGCAUGAGCAAGAAGAAGAAGCUCUCCGCCGGGUUCCCGGCGCAGGAGGAGGUCUCAGCGCUGCUACCGCCGCCGGAGAGAGCGUCGGCGGAGGAGGAGGCACGGCCGGAGGAGUUCAACCGGGUGUUCCUCACGUACGCGAGCUCGCUCGACGAGCGGUUCGACGGCUUCGGCGAGCAAUUCAGCUGCAUGGAAUUCAAGGGGAGAAGGGUGCCCGUUCUUGUGCAGGAGCAGGGGAUUGGCAGGGGAGACCAGCCCAUCACUUUCGCUGCCAAUCUCCUCAGCUACAGGUCGGCAGGAAACUGGAGCACCACGUAUGCUCCGUCCGGCGCGGUCGUCGGCAUGCAGGGCGGCACGGACGCCGUCCGCCGUGUGUGGAGCCAGCUGCGAGACCACGACGUCCCGGUCUCCGCACUCUGGCUGCAGGAUUGGGUUGGGCAGAGGAAGACGGCGAUCGGGUCGCAGCUCUGGUGGAACUGGGAGGUCGACGACGAUCACUACGCCGGCUGGAAGGAUCUUAUACGCGACCUCAGGUGCGACGGCGUGAGGACGAUGACAUACUGCAAUCCCUGCCUCGUCCCGAUGGGUGAGAAGGGGAACGCGAGGAGGCACCUGUACGAGGAGGCCAAGGAGCUGGGGAUCCUGGUGAGGGACGAGGCCGGCGAGCCAUACAUGAUGCCCAACACGGCGUUCGACGUGGCAAUGCUGGACUUCACCAACCCGGAGGCGAGCUCCUGGUUCAAGGGCAUCCUGCGCGGGAUGGCGGACGAAGGCGUCAGCGGCUGGAUGGCCGACUUCGGGGAGGGCCUCCCGCUGGACGCGCGGCUCCACUCGGGGGAGGACCCCGUGGCGGCGCACAACCGGUACCCGGAGCUGUGGGCGCGCGUCAACCGGGAGUUCGCCGACGAGUGGAAGUCGGAGGCCGGCGAGGACGAGGAGGAAGGGGUGGUGUUCUUCGUGCGGGCGGGGUUCAGGGAGAGCUCCAGGUGGGCGAUGCUCUUCUGGGAGGGGGACCAGAUGGUGAGCUGGCAGGCCAACGACGGCAUCAAGAGCAGCGUCGUGGGCCUGCUCAGCGGCGGCCUCUCCGGCAUCCCGCUGAACCACAGCGACGCCGGCGGGUACUGCACCGUCGACCUUCCGCUCCUGCGCUACCGACGGAGCGAGGAGCUCCUCAUGCGCUGGAUGGAGGUGAACGCCUUCACCGUCGUCUUCCGCACCCACGAGGGGAACAAGCCCGGGUCCAACUGCCAGUUCUACUCCAACAGCCGGAUCCUCGCGCAUUUCGCGCGCUGCGCCAAGAUGUACAAAGCCUGGGAGUUCUACCGCGUCCAGCUCGUCGAGGAGGCGGCGGAGAAGGGCCUCCCCGUGGCGCGCCACCUAUUCCUGCACUACCCGGAGGACCGGCGCGUGCAGGAGCUGACGUACCAGCAGUUCCUGGUGGGGACGGAGAUGAUGGUGGUGCCGGUCCUGGACAAGGGCAGGACCGCGGUGACCGCCUACUUUCCGACGUCGGACGGGGGGUCGUGGAGGCACGUGUGGACCGGCGAAGAGUUCGGCGGUGGGCACAGGAGCGGGCACGGUAGCGUGGGGGAGGCGACGGUGCACGGGUUCCAGGCCGAGGUCACCGCCGACGUGGGCUGCCCAGCCGUGUUUGUGAGGGUUGGGUCACCCGUUGGGGAAAGGCAGUCUGGUUACAUAUACAAGGAGCAGCCUACAUGCAGGGCACGAUCACACGAGGUGGCGCUAGACUAG